CUUUCCCUCCCACCCCACCAGUCAGGCCAGCCAGGAGACACCUGUGGAGCCGCUUGGAGGCCAAAGGCUGCAGGUGACUCAGGCGCCUGCGGGAGUUUCGGGAGCAGAGGGGAGAAGAAGAGGAGGGGUGAUCCCAGAUGUGUGUCUGUAGGAGCUUGUCCCUAACAGUCCUCUAAGCACCUAGGAAACCAGGCAGCCCCAAUUUGAUCCACUUACUACAAAAACAGCCUGCAGGUCCAUGGCUGGCAGGGUUCUGGCCCCUGGACGUCAGGAGGAGGAGACCACCAAAGACCUGGGGACCAAACUACCACCAGUACGGGCUGGAAGCCGCCUGCCCAGCAUCGAUGAGGCCCGACCAGCAGGCCUGGGCCCAGCCUCCCGCCGUGGAUCCGUGCUGGGCCUCCCGGUGUCCUUCUCACGCCGCAACUCACUGGCUGGGCCAGGCCUCGGGGCUGGCGGUCGGCGGCCAUCGCUGGGACCAGGGUCCCCUCUAGCUUCCCGGAUCAGCUUCUCGGGGUUGCCCCUGGUACCCGCGCGGCGGGUGGCGCCCUCAUACAGGAUGGAGCCUGCACCUGGGCAGCGCUGGGAGGCUGUGCGUGCCCAGCGGGCCCUGGAAGCGGCCUUGGAGGCGGAGUUGCACAAUGCACGCUACUCGGGUUCCGAGGCCGGCAAGCUGGUGAGGGAGCUGUGUGAGCAGGUACAUGUGCGCCUGCGCGAGUGCAGCCCACCGUGCUACAAGCUGGUGUGCAGCGUGGUGCUGGGGCCGCGCGCCGGCCAGGACGUGCGAGUAGUCAGCCGCGCGCUCUGGGACGAGGCCUGCGAUGGACUGGCCUCUGCGUCCUUCACCAAUGCCUCCCUCUUUGUGGUGGCCACUGUCCACGGGCUCUACUGUGAGUAAGGAGGCCUCCAAGUUCUGCAAAAUGGUUUAUUAUUUCCAGGAGGAGAACCCCCCUGGGGCUCACAUCCCAAUAAAUAAAUGUCUGUCAAUAAAUAAAA